UCAGUCCUCCAGCGACCGCCACUCUGCACUGCCGGCUCUCCCUCCCUCUUCCGCGGCCACAGACACGUUACCCAGAGACCGCAAGAUACCAGUGGCCGCAGCAGAGCACAACAGGCACCCCGCACACACAUCACGGGGUGUUGAGGGAAGGGUGUGCGGCAUAGGGGUGUGCUGUGUCUGUGGAGGUUGGGUUGGGGUUUCCUUGGGCCCUGUAGCUCCCCGUCCUUCUCUGCAUUCGUGUAUUGUCGAGUCCGUGUAAGCGUGUGAGCGUGUCCAGGAGAAGGUGAUGAAGAUGCUGCGGGUCUCGGCGGCGGCGGUGGUGGUGUUGGUGUGCUGGACAGGCAGUGGCGGCGGCAUCGGUCUGGUCGACGCAUCCACGCUGCUGGAGGUCGGGGCGUGUCCCAACGUCAGCUCCGUCCCCAACCUUGACCUCGCCAAACUCGAGGGGCAGUGGUACCAGAUCCUGCAGAUCCCCACCGACGACAACAGUAUAGCCAGAUGUACUCGAUCCACCUACACUUACGCGGACGGCUACCUGGAGGUGGUGACGGAGGGGCGUGACGCUGUCGGGGGCGCGGUGGCCAGGACGGGCGUGCUGGCCAGGCUGCCGGAUUCCCCCACCGGCGCCCUGCAGCUCGACAUGGACGGGAUGCCGCCCCUCAGCGUGUGGGUGCUGGACACGGACUACUCGGGCGUGGCGUGCCUCUACUCCUGCACCGAGUUCCCGGGGCUGCGGGCGGAGUGGGCGUGGGCGGUGACUCGCUCCCCACGACCGCGCGUCAAACUGGUGCACCGGUGUCGCGCCAAACUGCGCAGACACCACGUGGACACCGCCAAGCUGGAGCGUGUGCCCCACAGUGCCCAGUGCCUCAAGGGGAACUAAGGGGCGUGCGGGAGG